UGCAGUAUACUUUCACAGUGUGUGUUAUAUUUCGACAACAAGAAGCAGAAUUCUCAAGAGAAGAAUGAGAUCUUACCUUGGUGGAAAACAAUCCUAAACUUCUGGAAAGCAAGCACACAACAUCAAUGACCAUAAUAAUGUCCAGAACCUGGAUUGAGCCGGUGGUUGCUGCAGCUCAGUUUGCCAGCUCUUUCUAUGACACAGGACUUAUUAUGGUAGUAAAAAAUUACUAUAAUCAGACAGUCAGCACAACUAACAGUUCCAGUGAUAAUGAUCUUCAGAAAUCAAUCUCAAACUUCUACAUCAUCUACAACCUGAUCACUAAACUGACUCCUUUGGUGCCUGCCUACAUUCUGGCAAAGCUUGGUGACAACAAUUAUAGGGAGUUUUCUCUGUGUGUGCCACUGACGGGGUAUUUGGUGUCCAGUUCCAUUCUUCUCUUGCUGAUUCUUUUGGAUUUGCCAAUUCAGGUGAUGUUUGGGUCAGCUGCCAUAAAUGGUUUAACUGGUGGAUUCAUAGCUUAUUGGGCUGGAGUGAUGGUCUGGGCAACACUGGGUUCAUCAGAAAACCAAAGAUCCAUCAGACUCAUUACAAAUGAUUGCGUGUUUGGAAUGGCAGGUUUUGCUGGCAGCCUUAUAUCUGGACACAUUUUUGUCAAUUUGCAAAUUGGAAAUAGCCAGGGGGCUGCCCUAGUUUCAUGCAGCUUAGCAAAUUACAUAUUAUGUCUCUUGUAUGUUAUUUUCGUGUUGAGAAUUCCACAGUUGAAAGAUGCAAACAUAAAGGAACCUUCUCAAGCUAUAAGUGAAAACACGACUGAAAACCUGGAUGAACCCAUUGAUUGUGAAUACACAGAACACAGCAGAUUAAUGGAUGAUCAGUCCAAUGGAAUGUCAGCUGUCAGAUCUAUGGAUGUGCCUGUGAACACACAUGCCUCCAAAGUUCUUAUUUUCCUCUUGUUCAGUUCUGUAUCCCUUUACAAUGCAUCAGUUAAUGGUACAGAAGAUGUGAUUAAUUUCUUUGUAUUAAAGAAACCUCUGAACUGGGGACCGGUGGAAGUGGGCUAUGGAAAUGCUGCAGCCUAUAUGAUUUUCAUUACUAGCUUCCUGGGAGUUUUAGUUUUUUCCAGGUUUUUGGGUGAUCAUAGCCUAAUCCUUAUUGGGAUGUUCUCGUUUGGUGUUGGAGUUCUGAUCAUGGCCUUUGCAUCCUGGACCUAUGUGUAUUAUAUUGCUCGAGUUGCAAUGCUGUUCUCUCUGAUUCCGGUGCCAACCAUCAGGUCCAUGUUAUCCAAACGUGUACAGGAAACAUCAUAUGGAAAAAUCUUUGCUAUUCUUCAAAUAAUUAUGGCAGUUAUAGCUGUGAUGGCAUCAUCUGCGUUCAUCAAAAUAUAUCAAGCUACACUGGACUGGUUUAGUGGAUUCUCUUUUAUUGUGAUCUUCAUUAUUGUAUUCAUCAGCUUUAUUCUGAUCAGUGUAACUUUCUGCAUGGAAAAGUGAAGAAUGAAUAAAGGAGCACAUUCUAUGGAGAAUGAUUUUUGAUGUGAAACAAGUCACACUAAGCGAGUUGUUCAAACUUCAGAUGACACCAUCUUGUGCUUUUAUGAUGGUGUCAGGCACCAUUCCAUUUUGUGGUUCUCAUUCUCAAUUUGUUAAGAAGUAUUUUGUCUGCUCUGUUUAUAUCUGUAACGUAAUAUUCCCCGCGUAUGGCAAAUGUGGGGACCUGACAUGCCACUCAUUACAAGAGGGCAAAAAGUAAUAUAUUGGGGGAUGUCUGUAGGGGGUGAAUCAAAGUCAGGUGGGGCCCUGGGGCAACACUGUUACAAGGGGCCCCUUCAAUAUAAUUAUACAUACAUACA